AUGCCAGAUCGAUCGAAUGCACCUCAGGAGAGUCCCGUCAACAGCCCUUGGAGCGAGUCGAGUGCACCUAAGCUCGAGCUGAAAACACUCCCUGCGGGGCUCAGGUAUGCAUUUCUGGGACCUAACUCUACAUACCCUGUGAUAGUGAAUGCUGAGCUGAACAAUGUUGAACUUGCUUUGCUUCUCUGUGAGCUUAGGAAGUAUAGAAAAGCUAUAGGGUAUUCGCUAGAUGACAUCCCUGGAAUUUCUCCUGAUCUUUGCAUGCAUAGAAUACAUCUAGAAGAUGAAUCGAUGACUUCUGUAGAACAUCAGAGGAGGUUAAACCCGAAUCUAAAAGAUGUUGUCAAGAAAGAGAUAAUGAAACUUCUAGAUGCUGGUGUAAUUUAUGCUAUAUCUGAUAGUAAGUGGGUCAGUCCUGUGCAUGUAGUUCCUAAGAAAGGUGGUAUAACUGUUGUUAAGAAUGAUAGGAACGAGCUGAUACCCACUAGAACUGUCACUGGUCAUCGCAUGUGCAUUGAUUACCGUAAACUGAAUGCUGCGACUCGCAAAGAUCAUUUUCCUCUCCCGUUUAUUGAUCAAAUGCUUGAGAGAUUGGCUAACCAUCCAUACUACUGCUUUUUAGAUGGUUACUCAGGUUUCUUUCAGAUCCCCAUCCACCCAGACGACCAGGAGAAGACGACAUUCACAUGUCCAUAUGGCACUUAUGCUUAUCGCAGAAUGCCGUUUGGACUGUGCAAUGCACCGGCCACGUUCCAGCGCUGCAUGAUGGUAUUGCAGCGGUGUGAGGAGAGACAUCUUGUGCUGAACUGGGAGAAAUGCCACUUCAUGGUGAGAGAUGGGAUCGUGCUGGGACAUAGGAUUUCAGAGAAGGGAAUCGAGGUCGACAGAGCGAAGAUCGAGGUGAUGAUGAGUCUACAGCCGCCUAACUUCUGUCAAGGGAAUCCGCAGCUUUCUGGGGCAUGCAGGGUUCUACAGGCGGUUCAUCAAGGACUUCUCCAAGAUCACCAGACCUUUGACGCAGCUGUUGUGUAA